UAUGAGGAAUAUCUAAUUGACUUGUGUAUGCUUGUGCACCUAGUGCCUCAACACGUAUGGCGGAUAAAUUUGGAUACCCCGGAGGAGGCUCAUCAAAAUCUCUCUUUUGGUGCUGCGGAUCGCUGGUGGGAGCAAGUAGAUCUGACUAAGCUGAUUUUGGCCUCAAACAAGCUUCAGUGCCUUUCAGAGGAUGUCAAACUUCUGCCUGCUCUCACUGUACUGGAUGUGCAUGAUAAUCAGCUGACAUCUCUUCCUGCUGCUUUAGGACAUUUAGAAAAUCUUCAGAAACUUGAUGUCAGCCACAACAAGCUGAAAACUAUCCCAGAGGAAUUGAUGAAGUUGACAAAUUUGAAGAGCCUUCUUCUUCAUCACAAUGAGCUCAGUUAUCUGCCAGAUGGAUUUGGACAACUUGUCAAUUUAGAAGAAUUAGAUCUUUCCAACAAUCAUCUUACAGACAUUCCAACAAGUUUUGCUUUGCUCAUUAAUUUAGUGCGACUCAAUGUGGCUUAUAAUCAACUCAGGAGGCUGCCUGCAGAUAUUAGUGCGAUGAAAAGGUUAAGACAACUCGAUUGUACUAAAAACUACCUGGAAACUGUACCUUCUGAAUUGGCAGGUAUGAUGUCUUUGGAACAACUUUAUCUGAGGAAAAAUAAAUUACGUCACUUGCCAGAAUUUCCUUCAUGCAAAUUACUGAAGGAAUUACAUGCUGGUGAAAAUCAAAUUGAAAUUUUAAAUGCUGAGAAUCUUAAGCACCUGAAUUCUCUCUCUGUAUUGGAACUUAGAGAUAACAAGAUAAAAUCUGUUCCUGAUGAAAUUACUGUGCUUCAGAAUUUGGAACGUCUUGAUCUAGCCAACAAUGAUAUCAGUAGAUUGCCGUAUACAUUGGGGAAUCUUCCUCAGCUGAAAUUCCUGGCAUUAGAGGGAAAUCCUCUGAGAACCAUUCGAAGAGACCUUCUGCAAAAAGGAACCCAAGAACUUCUGAAAUAUCUAAGAAGCAAAAUUCAAGAUGAUGUAACUAGCCCAAAUGAAGAGCCUCCUGCGACAGCCAUGACUCUUCCAAGCGAGUCAAGGAUAAACAUGCAUGCCAUAACUACACUAAAAUUACUGGAAUACAC